AAACGUUUGCGAGCAUAAUGCUAUUCGGCUACGCUGCCUCCAUCUCGAGUCAGUCAGGAAAAUAGUGGCAGCGGUCUUAGAGGAAAUAGGCAUAGCCUAUGCCUAGCCUACUUAGCAAAAGGCUGGACAGGGGCCAAAUCAUAGACAGUAAAAGAAAGGGCCGAAUGUGUUUAGGUUGUAGCACUAAGCCUAUCAUCAGUUAACUUCCGCUCUGUGUGCCUGACUGAAAUGAAAAACAAAAUAGGAUAGGUCGACAUAAAUGGUCUUAUGGCUCAACUUCUCUGAAUGCUAAGGGGUGUGAUGAACCGCUUUCCACCGCCAUAAGGACACCAACCCCCCCUAGUGUCAGCAGACAAGCCAGCAGUCAGGUCCUUCCUCAGUGCAGUUCGGCUCAUGAUGUGUAUGUGGCAGACUCCAAGGUAAUGACUGACCUGCCUGUUGUCAUUGAAACGUUUGCUGAUGCCCAUACCUUGUUUUCUUCGCUGACCUCUGGUCAGAAUGAAAGGGAGGUGCAACAUGGGCUGCUUGAAUUGGGAUCACAGGCGCCUCUGACAGUGCAUGCUCAAACAGAGUGUAAAGUAGAGCUAGAAGAGGAAAAGCCAUUGACCGCUCAGACGCCAUCAGUGGAACACAUUUUACACUCGGGCAGCGAAGGAGAGUCAAGGUUAACUGACGGUAGCACACCACCCACAGAGGGGAGUGUGAGCUCUCUAAGUGCCUUUCCUCUCAAGAUGGAGGUGGAAGCCACACCCAGCAUCGCACAGUUGGAUAAAAGUGAGGGAGCAAGUGAGGCUGAGAUUGUGGAUGUCACUCCACCUCAGCCCAGCACCCCAGAUGGUCAUCUCGCCUGCCCUACAGAGUCAGGAAAAUCACCUGACCAUGAAGCGCCUGCGGUUGUCAUAAUGGGGGCAAGUGAUGUCAGGAAGGGACUGGAGGAGGUGAAGAGGUGGCCGAAUAAAGAUGAGGAGGAGGAUGAAAAGAAGGUGAAGGAGGAGGAAGAUGGGUCCUAUGAUAUGAAGGCCUGCUUGUCAGGGUCGAAGCCCAACAUAACACUAAGAUCAUCUGGCUCAAUAGUGAAGGUGGGCGCUGAACAAGUAGAGAGAGCAGGAAAAAAAGGAGGAAUUGUACCUCUUCCACCUAGCUGUCCAUCUACACAAUGCAUCAGCCUACCGCUGCCCUCUUGUUCCGUGCAACUGGACCGCUUACCCCCGCGCUUGACCCUCAAGAAGAAAACCCUUCUCGUCUGCCCAGACUGCACCAAGGUCUUCCGCUGCGUCAAGUCUCUGCACAAACACCGGCGCUUCCACUCCGGCGAGACACCGUUCCACUGCCCGCAGUGCCCCAGGAAGUUCAUCCUGCGCAAGAGCCUGCGGCGCCACCUCCGGCGGCACACGGGCGAGAAGCCGUACAGGUGCCCACAUUGUGGCAAGGCCUUUCGACUCCACAAGGGGCUGGAGAAGCACAUGCACGGCAACGCCAGGCCCGGGCCGUGUUAGUUUGGAUACAGAGAACCAUUGCAAGAGUCGCUUUGAAGGAGGAAUUGCACUCAAUAUGCCAAUGUGAGUCUGUCUCUGAUUUAUUUUUGUGUCUCUGUGUGUUGCAUUAUAUGUGUAUGAGAGAGUUAUACAUAUUUCUUCAAAGGUUUCUUUUUUUCCAUACACACUCUGUUUAACAAAGAGGAAGUUGUGUUUUCAUCCCAAUUGUAUGGAUGAGGUGCAAAUAUUGCACUCAAUCAUGGCUGUUGAAUGCCACUGGACCUUUAAUGUUAAAUCCUAAGUAGAAGGAUAUUUAGCCAUUUCCUAGCUAAUGUUCUUUUUAAUGUGAGACCCUGACAACUUAUGUUCUAAAUGUAUUUAUGUUUACCGGGGAAAUGUACAACACUGUAAUCCAGAACCUUAUUUUCUGCCUAUGUUCACCAUUUCAUCAGACUUUUUUCCCAAACAAAAACUCUUCGGACAGUUCAUGUGAUUUGUAGUAGUUGGUUGUUAGUAAUACUGUAUAUGACACAGAUUGUUUUUGCCAUUGUUUAAAUACAUUUACUCUUACUUAAUAAUUUAUGUUUAUUCAUGCCUUGCAUUGAAGAACUUGAUAUGGUAAGAUGUGUACUGUAGUUGACCAUGUCCAUAAGAAGCAGUCUGUAAAAUAAGUGCAGUACUACAUUGUAAACUCAAUAAGCCUAUUCAGUCAAGGAAAGGGACAUAACUGGAUAUAACUUCUUCUUUUAUUUUGUAACUAAAGAAUUAAGAAACUAAGGAAUUAUUAUUUAUUUUAUUUUCCAUCAGAAUCAUUAUGUUCAUAGAAUGCAGUAUUUGGUACACAAUAACGGGCUGUUCAAAGUAUUGGUUGUAUUGUUAAAACAUAACACAUUGCAAUAUCAUUACAUUUCAGACAAUUCAAAAUGUUUCAUGUAAAAGCUAUAUAAAAUAAUGAGGGAUAUGAUUACACUCACUGCAAUAUAUGUACAGGUCUCACAAUGAAUAAAGGUAAACAUAAGG